CCGGGCGGGAGGGAGGGAGGGGGGGGGAGAGAGGGUUGUUGGGGGAGAAAAAGCAAAACAAACGCGGCGGCGGUGAAGUUACUUGGCCGUUACUCACCGCGCUGACCAACCCGCCUGCCGCGGAGAUGAGGGCGCAGCGCCGUCUGGCAGGACGGCACAGACAGACAGACAGCCUCCCGGGAGAGACGGGUCAUCCCGCGGGUGAAUAAGCGGAGAUAGGUGUAAUACACAAUGGAUUACUUACUGACUUUGGAUUGAUAUCAGUCAUAGCUGUGGGUCUGUAAAACCACGCUUUGAUUUCAUUAACUCCUUAAAAAUGAAUGGGAGGUCAUGCAGUAUGAGCCAUCGGACAACAGGUAUUUCUCAUGGAACUGGGAUGAUCAGUGGACAGCAGAUCCCACCGAUCAGAGUUCAUGCAGGAACUCCCUGCGUAUCUUCAGAUAGCAGCAGCCAAAGCCCGGCUAUCGGAAACUUUUCUGCCAGCCUACACUUAAAGAUGCCCCUAGGAGGAGGGGUAGCUCCUCAGAGCAACAUCAUUGACAGUACCAUUCACCUUCCCGCUCUAAGUCCCAGAAGACAAGUGGUUACAAAUGGGAAGCCUUUAUUUGAAGUCCUGCAGCCCCCAGGACUGCCAGCCCCACAAUCCUUAAAGCCAAAACAGCAAGAAUUUGGAAACACAUUCUCCCCAUGCACAGGUAAAGGAAGCCUUGGUUAUGGAUCCCAGUCUAAGUCCAAUGGAAAAGGCAGCUGCAACAACCUAGUAGUCACCAGCAGUCCCAUGACAGUUCAGCACCUAGGACCUGUUUCACCUCCUGCUAAUCAAGUUUCAACAGCAUGCAACCAGAUCAGCCCUACCCUACAGAGGUCUAUGGAUGCUUCCAGCCUGAGUGUUCCUUCAUCAGAUACAAGGUCACUCUUGUCGUGUGAGUCUCUGGCCUCUACAACAUCAAGCUUGUCAGAAAGUCAGUCCACUUUGAGCGUUAAGCAAGAGUGGUCGCAUGGGUACAGGACACUUCCUUCUCUUUCUCCUGAACAAGGUUUACAAAAUGGUAGUGAGUUGAGGGACUUACUAAAUUUUUCGCCUGCAACAUCUGUGUCCAGUAGCUGUGUAUCUAACUCAUUACCAUCCUACUUAUUUGGCUUAGAAAAUAGCCAUUCCUCUUACCUUAGUCCUCGCCAUUCCUCUUCCCUGUCUCAAUCUACCCGCUCCAAAAAGAGAGCACUCUCUCUUUCUCCUCUAUCUGAUGGCAUUGGGAUUGACUUCAAUACAAUCAUCCGUACAUCCCCAACCUCUCUAGUGGCCUACAUCAACAGCUCAAGGACAUCACCAGCUAACAUUUCCCCACAGCCUGAGGUUUAUGGACAUUUUUUGGGAGUUCGAGGAAGCUGUAUACCCCAAAACUACUCUGUUCCAGCUACCCAGAAAGGUCUACUCAUGGCUAAUGGCAGUAUCACCUUCCCAGAGUACACUGAGAAUAGUGCUGGUGAAUACCAGCGGAUGCAGCAAUUGGAGCAAGCCAGCCUGCAGACAGAAACCACAACUAACAUGGUAAUCCAGCAGGGCAUGCCUCCCAUGGACAGCCAGACUCUGAGUGCCCUGAAAAAUGAACAGCUGGAUGAAUUCUCAGGCCAUACAGUUGACAUGCUUCCUCCACCCUCUCUGCCGCCACCUCCUCCACAAGGGCCUCCGCCACCAUACCAUGCUCAUCAGCACCGACAUGUGCCCAGCCUUCCUGGUCACAUGCAGCCUCUGCCUGUGCCUCCAUCUGUCCCAUGCCCACAGCUUGAAGAAGAUGGGGAGCUGGAUGAUUUCAAUGGCAAGCAUGGCUGUCGCUGGAUUGAUUGCAAUGCACUGUAUGACCAGCAAGAGGAACUUGUGCGGCACAUAGAGAAGAUUCAUAUAGACCAGAGGAAGGGAGAAGAUUUUACGUGCUUCUGGGCAGGGUGUCCACGAAGGUUCAAGCCGUUUAAUGCUAGGUAUAAACUGCUGAUUCACAUGAGAGUCCACUCCGGAGAGAAGCCAAACAAAUGCACAUUUGAGGGCUGCAAGAAGGCCUUUUCCAGACUAGAAAACCUCAAGAUUCACUUAAGGAGCCAUACAGGUGAAAAGCCGUAUCUUUGUCAGCACCCUGGCUGCCAGAAAGCAUUCAGCAACUCCAGUGACCGCGCCAAGCACCAGAGGACACACCUAGAUACUAAACCUUAUGCAUGCCAAAUUCCAGGAUGUACUAAACGAUACACAGAUCCAAGCUCCCUGAGAAAACAUGUGAAAGCACAUUCUUCCAAAGACCAGCAAGUUAGGAAAAAGUUGAGAUCAAGCUCAGAGCUUGGCCGGGACAUCCUGAAUGACUGCCUCACAAUCCAGCCCCUCCAGCCAGCCCCAUCACCACAUGAUGUUGCGGAUAAUACCAUGGGACACUCCCCAGGGCCUAUGCAUGAUAUUUACUCAGUGUCUGUGUUUCCCAGCACGCAAACAACUCGAAAUGGAACAGUGGCUGGGACUGUGUCUUUGCCUCAGCCCAGCAGCCACCCAUCCCCAGCACGUAACGUACAAAGUAGUCCUCUCCAUCCUUCUUCCCAGUUACCUCUUCUCUCAUCACCGGACUCCGAAAGGUUUGUUGCUCUGACUCCUCCUCCUCAACACAUCAGUCCCCAAAGAAUUUCAGUUCCUCCUUCCAUGACGCAGAGACAAACUCCACAGACUCCCCAUUUUCAGCAGCCUGGGGGAUUACAUCUAAAGACAUACCAGUCAGCAUCAAAUCCUUCCUUUCAACCAAAUAGUCUCCACAUCCAAGGUUUUUAUGGUCAGCUUCAGACUUUCUGCCCUCCCCAUUAUCCUGAUACUCAGAAGAACGUACAACACAAUGUUUCUUGCAGUAUGGUUCCUCCCUUUGAAGACUGCUUAUUACCUACAUCAGUGGGCCAGGCAGGGCUUGGUGUUUUUCAUCGAACUUUUUCAGCUCAUUCUGGUAUUACAGUUUAUGACUUUCCAGCAGGGCCCACAGGCAUCUUUGGUGAUUCAGCCCGCAGCAUGCCAGAGGAUAGCAGUUUCCUACAAAUAAAUGCAGUGGAUCGUUGUCCCAGCCAGCUUUCUUCUGUCUACACUGAAAGCUAAAACCAUCUAACUCUGACAAGAACUUGGUUCCAUUUCAUCUUGCCCUUCUGAUAUUUCUCUACAAAUUUUUUCUCUCCGUAAAACUACCAUGUAUGUAUGGGGAUAUGGGUUAAUAUACAUACAAAAAACAAACAAACAAACAAACAAACAAAAAAAUUACCAAGCAUUCAUCAAGUAACCGAGCAGUCGGCUGAGAAGGAGAUCAUUGGGAAAAAGAAAGUUUUGCCAAAACCUUAGCAAUCCUUUCUUUUCUUUUCAUCUGUGGCACAGCAACUCUACUUUUUUGUUGUUGUUGUUAUUGUUGUUGUUUAUUCUUUUUAAUUUCUCAAAGGGAAUUUGAAGACUGAAUAAGAAAACUGGUUGUUGGCUAUAUUCCUUUCAACCUGAACAGUAGAAUCAUUGAAGAAUGCAACUUUAGAAAAUUCCUUAAAAAGGAAGUAAAACCAGAGUAUACUACAAACAUUUCAAAGAUACACAGCUUUUUGCACAGCCUGUUUGUAUUUGGUGCUUCUGAAGUUAAACACAAACCAGCAAAAUAAAAGGGAGAGAAAUUACACACACAUCCUGGCACUACCCAUUGGAGGCAUUGGCAUGUCUUCUCUAUGGGUCCAAAGAUCCUUGGAACUGGAUUUUCUUACAGGCUUUUGUUUAGGUGUGUUUUCCAUUCCUCUGUAUUUAAGCCAUAUAAUAUGGCAGUUACUUUUUUCCAACAUUCCUUCUGACCCAGUUCUUCAUGCAAAGAAGGGUAAAAUGCACUACAUGAGAAGGUACAUUGACUUCAUCUAUAUUUAGCACAGUUGCUAGACAAAAAAUAAUGUUUGAACUUUAUGUUGAUUUUUAACUGUAUUGUAGGGCUUUAUUUGCUGUAUGUACCAUAAUAACUCUGUAGGAAAGUUUAAAAUACUCUUCCUUAAAUUCCAUAGAUUUAAAAGCAAUCCAUACUGAUUCAAUUAAAUUUUUGUUGCCCUAAUAUUUUAAUUUCCAUAACAUAUUUUCAGUAAGAAGAACUACUCGUAAGUUUGCUAUGUUCCCUCUGGUUAUUCAGAGAUGUAAAACUGGUUUAGUGGUUUUGUUUCUUCUUCUUAGGGUCAGGCUCUGGUCCUCAAAUUUUGUACAGGGUACAAUAAAAUGAGGUUGCCUCUUGUGAUAGCCACAAGAGUAUGAGUUAAAAACACAAUUUUGAAAUAGAGAUGAGUCAUCACUGCGAGGAUGUUUAGUUUGGGAGCAACACUUACAUUAUGUAAGACUGAGCUUUUAGAUUAUUCCGUUUUCAGCUAUUUUGUGGACUUACUGCAUAAGUUGCAUUUUAAUAUUCUUACAACUUGUUUUAAUAUGAAGGACAAAAAUCCAAAGAUUCUUUCUUGCUGGCUAGACUGUAACUAUGCUUCUGAAAUCACUCAUCCAGAACGAUGAAUUUUAAAAAUUGUUUAUACACAUUUUCUUGUCCUGAGAAGCUUUUCAGAGCUAUUGAAUAGAAUGUGGGUCAAUUUCUUAAUUUAAUUUGCCAUUAUGUUGCAUAGAUAAAUUUAUGUCCAGACAUUUGUAAACACUGGUAAUGCUCUAAAGAUUGUUUUCCUGAAUUUUGUCCUUACACACAGGCACAUCUGCUCAUAUAUUUAAAUGAGAGAUUUUUAUCCAGUAAGCUCAAAGUAGACAUGAAUAAGCCAUGUACAUAAACUGUGUAAAUCAAUAAGUAAUAAUAUGGCUUAAAUAAAGAGAAUUCUCUAUUAAAUUUUUCCACUUUGUAUUCUAUUCCUCACAUCACAAGCACGACCCUCUGCUUCACCUUCCAUUAGUAGUUCUAUUUGUUACCAUAUGCAUAUUUCAUUGGAGUAAAUAACAUCAGGUUUCCAUACACAGCUAUAAGAUACACAUGGAAAAAAAUCCCACUUGCUUUAGUGUAGGAUUAGGCCUUUUUAGUAAAGCUUUAAUUUUGUGCUGACUUAAAGCCCAUUCUGUGAUCUCUGCACAUGCAUAUCUUGUUUCAGCAGGUGUAGCUAGACAUGCUGAACACUUCCCAUUUCAAACUUGUAGGACUGCACUUUUUUCCACCAAAGUCACUAUGAGGAGAAUUGGGCCCACUGCAUGGGUAUGCAUGUGUAUAUAUAUAUCUAAUUUUGUAUAUAGAAAUCCUUCAAGGUUCUCCAUGGUUAUCCAGGAUUUGUCAGCUACUGUGUAUCAAACUGAAAUAUUGCUGCUGACUUCAGAUCUCUACCACCCUGAUUUUUAUUUUUUUGAAAUAUUUCUUCUGGUAUCUGAUAGCACAAGCUAUCGAGUACAGAUGGCUUGUAAGUCAUAGAUGAUCCUGACCAAAGGGAAGGUGGAGAGACAGAUUUCAAGAAUGGUGUGAUUUUUGCAUUCAUCAGUUUAAUUUGAGAAAGGAAAGAUUUCCAAGUCAUUCAUUCAUUCCUGUGUAUGCCUAGAUUUAUGUAUGUAUAUAUGCAUUCACAGUAUACAGCUUUCUACAAGUCUUAAUCUUAAAAAAGAAGCUAGAAUACAGCCAAGUUAAGCACAUUAGAGUGGGCUACCACUCUGUAAAAAGGUACACCUUUUUUUACUUCCAUGUCAUAGACAAAGGGGAUUCUUCAUGAUUAUUUCGUUAUUCUCUUUCCAGUCAGACUGACUUUGGGAGAUAGAUAAACUUAUAUCACCAAGGGCAAUUGUAUUUAAAAUAAAUAAAUAAAUAAAAAUAUCGUGGUUUUGGUAGGGAAUCAUGUUUGUCACAUAUUAAAAUGAAAAUGGUGCUUGUGAAAAUGAAAUGCAUAAUGCCAGUUUCUGACUUGUAUGCAAAUAUUUGCACCUUGGUGAUUUUUGUGUUGUUGCUCUAGUUGCUGGAUAACAUUAACUUCCUAAAGGGAUUCAUACCUAAGAAAUGAAGUUAUUUUAGACCAUGGACAUUAAACAAUACUCUAAUGAAAUUAUUUACAAUCAUUCUUUUUAUACACUUCUCUGUUUUCAGAGUCACGGUAUUUUUAUAUCUGCAUUAGAAGUGGGUCUACACUGGAGUUUAAAAUAUAAUUUCAAAUAGCAUAUGAGUACUUUUGUGAGUGCAUGGGUGAACAUGUGUUUGGAUAUCCCUCUCUAUGUAUAUAUGUACAUGUAUAUAUGCACACAUACAUAUAGGGAUUGUGGUUUCCUAGUGCUGGAUGAUGAAGUAUUGAAGUGCUGAGGCCAUCAGUCACAUUGUAUUGUAUUUUCAACUUUCUUUGAAGAGGUGUGAAUGAGUUUAAAAAUUUUAACUGUUUAUUCUUUGUUUUCCCUGUGUAAUUUUACAGCAAAUAAUUCAAAGAGCACUUUUUUGUUGUUUGCAUGAUUUUUUAUAUAUUUUCUAUUUUCUAAGAACAGAUAAAACAAAAGAAAAAGACCACAGUUUAAAAUUAGCUGGGUGGGAUUUUAUUUAAUAAAAAAAAAAUCCCUCUAUUAUAUACAGAAAGCAGCAACUUGUGUAGUAUUUUUUACAUGAAGCACUUCAUUGAGGAGAAAAGUGGGAAUAAGUUUUUCCAAAACCUUACAGGAUUUUCUACAUAUUUAUAGAUGCUUAUAUAUACAGAUAUGAACUCAAUUUUCCAUAAUGUAUAUCUGGCUGAUAUUUGCUCUAAUGACGUAUCUGUUACAAACCAUGAAAAAUAAAUUUUCAAAAGAAUUUAUGUUUUUUCUUUACUAGUAUGUGUAAAAUUUUAUGAUUUGUUACAGUUAAUUUUCAUAUAAUCGUAAAUUCUUUGGUCCUGUUUCAUAAAAUUCUUUUUUUAUGUAAAAGGUAAAAAGGAGAGUAUUUGCACAUGGUAGAAAAUAAAACUGGAAAAAUAUAUCUCAAUGACGUGAUUAUUAGAACAUCUUAUUUUGAGAUGCCUUUGAGACUGCUCAAGUCAUUGUCCUCCAUAAAACUGCUAGUAUCUGUGUGAAUUAGAAUAAUUAGAAACAGAAAUAUAUAUAUAUAUUAUAUAUAUAUAUUUGAGACAUAUAUAUAUAUGUCUCAAAGAUUUCUUCUAAAAAACACCUUGAUUAGAAUAUUAAGAUUACAUUUAAUGAUUGUUAAAGUGAAGCUAGAGAUUUGUAGAGACAAGUGAGUGGCUCUGUGUGUUUACACCCUGGGUGGAGAAACAAAUAAAAGAAGAACAUUUAAUUACACUUGUGCUGUGAUAAGUUUUUGUUUGUUUGUUUCUUCAUUCACAUGUUUCUGAAAUCAAACAUAGUUAAACACAGUUUUACUUUUCUGUCUGGUUACAGCAGUAUUUCUAACAUUAAGAAUAGUUAGUGUUUCUAACUGUUAUGAAGCUGUUUCAGAGCAUUUAAUAUAAGAAAAAAAAAAAAAAACAUCUAUUUUCAUUAUGCAUUAGGGAAAUAUACUUCAACUUUUAAAGAAUAUUUAAUUAGUCUGAAUAGUGAAAAAUAUGAACAACAACCAAAAAAAAAAAAAAAAAAGUAAAAUACUUUUUUUUUUAAAGUGAAAAAAAAAAAAGUUUGUGAAGAGACCUUUGAAAGUAAUGGUCAAGUCUGAUUUUACUAUGAAAUUAUUGGAAGAUUUGCUCUGAGUCAACCAUGAACCGAACCAAACCUAAUGAGGCCUGGUAUGUGUGUGACCUUAGAAAAGGCUUACCAAAACCACAUUUUUCCCAGUGAAUUCUUAUUCACACUGUAUCUUAAUUUAAUAUAGGAAACUUGCCCCAUGGUUUAGAAAAAAUUGCUAGUGGAUCCUGUGGGCAACCAUGAAGAACUUUGAUUUCAUGAAUUUUAGUGUUUCUCCAUUCAGUUUUUCUCUUUGAUAGAGCCCUUAAAAUAAGAAUUAUACCAGUUCAGUACACGCUGGGUUGUAACAUGGCCUGAAAUGUCUCAAAGUCAUGUGCUUUUCUUGGCUUGGGUGCCUGAGCCAAACCAUUUUUUAACGAUAUCCUGCAGCCCUUCCUAUGGCAAAAUAGUGCAGUGUAAUAGAGAAAUUACAACAAUAAUUAUGUUCCUGCAAAGCACAUCAAGUUGCCUGAUUUUUUUAUUCUGUAAAGUGUGGUUUCUUUUUUGUCCUAAUUCAGAACAAAACACCAUUUUGAAACACCAGAAUUUCUUAUGAGAUGGAAAUUCCAGAGUGGAGUUACUUUGUUGCUUGUACUUGGUUACAGGAGUUCUCCCAUGCACCUGUGACAAAGUCUAUUCCUGUAUUCAUACCAACUGUGCCCUGUUGAAAAAUAACUUAAUUAAGCUAAUAUUUGCUAUACAACUAGAUCCUUCAAUAAAAAAGAACAUACAAACAAUGUGGAA